ACCAAUCCCCAAUCUCGUUGGUUCGUCCUCCAACCACGAGGCUGCAGGGACACCUACCCAUGGCGGCGGCCACGGACCAUCCCUUGCCCUCCUUCCGCUGGCCGCUGCUGCGGCCUUGUGCCUCGCGGAGCCUGUGGUCGGCUGGUCGCCGACGGCGGUCGUCGUCGCCGCAGUGCAGCGCACGGAGGGUGGGGAGGCGCGAACGAUGGUACUUGCCCCGCGACGCGGUGUUCCCUGUGAGUUCUCCCUUUUCGGUAAUGAAUCUGAGAUGGUUUCAGUUCCGUAUUUUUGCAACUGAAUUUCAGAGGCUAGUUGCAGGAUUCAGACAAUAACACAGAGAAAAUAGAUAACUUUGGGAGUUAUUUUCAGAGCACAGAGAAAAGUUUUUUUUAGGCAAAGAAAAUAGAUAAGUUUGGGAGUGAUUUAGAGAGAUGGAUUAGAAGAUCACAGAGCAAAGUUGAGGCCCAACCCGUACAAGGGGCGGCCAGGAUUUAACUGAAUACAAGGAGGGAUGCCCAGUGCUGCACCCAACCCAUUAAGCUUACAUCCAGAGGCAAAAGAAUAUGGUAAAAGUAAAUCUAAAUUGCAGUAAAGCUGUUGUCGAAAAUGUUAACCGAGAUGUUUAGGAAACUGGUAGCCAUCGGAUGCAUCCCCAAUAGCAGCGAGAUAGCCCAGCGGCGCGAAUAUGUAAACUGUACAUGGUGCUGUAACAAAACAGGCUGUGUCUUACAUUCUUCAGAGUUAACUGUUGAUUCUUCAGGUUUCAGGUACAGAUCCUGACAAUAAAGCUUUGCACUUGGCAUCCACCUCCUCAUAAAGCAGGCGUUGGAUGAUGUAUUAUUAAAGUAUUAGUUGAUUGGAUAAUGGAUAGAACCUUAAUAUUAAAUAGAUACCAAUGUUUUAAAUAGCGGGCUAUAGGAAAUAGCAGCGGGCCUCCAAAAACAGCUAUAGCGAAGUUAUAACGGGAUAUAGCGGGCUAUUUAUAAAGGCGACCAUUUAGCGCCACCCUGCUGAAAAGGCUAUAGCCGAGCUAUAGCGGAGCUAUAGCCGGCUAUUUAAAACAUUGAUAGAUACUCCCUCCGGCUCAAAAUAAAUGUCUCAAGCUUAGUACAACUUUGUACUAAAGUUAAUACAAAGUUGAGACAUUUAUUUUGAGACGGAGGGAGUAUAAUAUUGUUGGUCGGCCCAUGCAUGCUCUCAAUAAUAGCAAACGCUCAUGACAGCCAUGAUUUCAGUAUUUCAAUCUGAACUGGUUUCAGUUAUUUUCCAAGAAAAAAAAAGUACUCGUUUGGGGAAGGCACGAACCCGGGAUCUUGCUGUGUAUGUGGCACUUUCCUUAAUCUAGUCGAAACCUGGAAAUGCAAAUGUGGUCUAAGCUGCAAAUUUAGCCCAGCACAUCGGUAGGUUCAGCCUAACAACUUGUCAAUCGCUUUUCAAGGCAUCCAUCCAAGCAGGCAUGCACAUGUAGACCUUUUGCGCAAGAAAGCUCAUACCUGCUACACUCCACUUUGUAGUGCCAUCCGCCUCCUCCUACAACAGGCAUUGCCAUGAUCUACUAGCAUUAUAUCCUAACCAUGCCGCCCCAGAGUGAAUAAUUAUAUUUCUGUGCAUAUCGUAUUGUUGGUCGGGCCCCUCUGUUGGGAACAGAAGUGCUGAACAGGAACUAGUCUAGAAAUAAAAAGAAACUGGAGGAGGACAAGGUUGUUCAUUGAGAAAUAACUUCCGAUGGCAGAUUCCUAAUUUUUGUUGUUUUUUGCAGGCGUGAAUUCUUAAUAUUUGGCAGUGAAACACUAAAAAUAGAGGUACAAGAUUCUAGAGAUACAAGACACAUGAGUGGUUUUCUUUGGAGGCAAUUGGGAAGGUUAUGCUGAUGAGAUUAUAUUUCCCAUGAGACAUAUUCUUAACCAAGUGCUGUUGGAGCUGUCUUGGGUACUGACUACUGAGUAGGUAGAUAUGUAGCAAUAGUGAGUGUCUUAAUUAAUUAAGCCACUGUGACAUUAUUUCUAGUUAAGUAUGGUUGGAGGCUCAAAAGUAGUUGUUUUCUUCUAUGCAUAUCCCUUGCUUUUUUUUGUCUUUGUAAUAAAGAAAAAAAACGUACAUACUGUUCCAAUUUGGAAUUCUGGUACUUAAGAACGGACCAGCCAAGCACUGUCCUAAUUGCCGCCAUCUCUCUCUGCUGCUACUUCCUGCUUGGACUUCGGUACAGCUAGCACCUGCUGUUACAGGUAUUGCCACUGUCACAUUUCACUCCACUUGUACAUACAUAUGCAUUUCGAUAUCGAUUGUCCAUGCCGCUUAUUUUCGCCCGUCUAACAAGCAUAUAUUUUAGUACUAGUAGCAAAAACAUUGUGGUAAAUCUAAGUGUUCAGUGCCUGUCAACACGAAUCAAUCCCCAAUUCCCUGUUAGUGCCGCGCGUUGCUCCUGCUCCAGGCCGCAAAGGGGGAUUCACCCUCGUCGCUUCCAUGCCGUGGCUCGACCCGGACAGGCUGUUAACUAACUUAACUCCUGGUUGCCAUCACAUGCGCUGGGAGUAUAGUAUUGUUGGUUGAUUGAAUGUAAGCUUGCACACUGCAUGGUCUCAACAAUAAAAAACAUCAUGAGACAUCUCAAGUAGGAACAUGCUUCAGACUGUAUUUAUCGACCUAGUUCGCCUUUUCCUUCCAAAUUUAGUAUGGACAAGCUGACAAAUGAUGAGCUGGUCUGAUGGAUGGAUCUGGCACGUACCUUCAGAUGCGAUUCCCAACUGUGAUCAGUAUUCUUAAUUUGUUUGUUCCUUGCGCUAGCUACUUGUUAAAAGUGUACAGCUAGUUGGCACUCGUUGGGUAGCUCCUGCAACAUGACAAUCAGAAUGGCAUUUAUGUUUACUUGAUAGUGUACUACUACUCGAUCAGUUGCUCUGUCCGUAGUUACUCUAGAGGUAGCAGUGUCAUACUCUGCAGUGCUGGUGCUCACUUUCUUCAGAGUUGGGAGGUAUUACACUGCCACUUUGUGAUCUCCUAGUUCACUACUGUGCAAUUAGGCUGUGCUUUCACCUUGUUUAAUUGUCGCUACUGAUUUUAUCUGUGUAUACUUGUUGCAUUCCAGGAUCAAGCUCUCAACAAUGGCUCGAGGGCCUUUGGACUUAUGGAAUGAGUGGGGAACCCGGAUCCUGGUUCUCUUGAGCCUCGGCUUCCAGGUCAUCCUCCAUCUCUUCGCCAAGGUGCGUCGUCGCAAAGCCAGCUCAGCUAUGCAGAGGUUCUUCCUCUGGCUGGCGUACCAGCUGUCCGACAUGACGGCGACGUACGCUGCCGGGCAGCUCUUCUUCAGCAGCACGCCGCAAGAGCACCACCUAGUCGCCUUCUGGGCUCCGUUCCUCCUGCUGCACCUUGGCGGCCCGGACAACAUUACCGCCUAUGCCCUCGAGGAUAGCAAGCUCUGGAAACGCCACUUUCUGAGCCUUUUGGUGCAGGUCCUGGGAGCUGGACAUGUCUUCUACAAGCAUAUCAUCGGCAGUGGGAUCUUGCUCAUGCUGGCUGCCAUCUUGAUAUUCGGUCUCGGCGUUGCCAAGUAUGGGGAGAGGACAUGUGCGCUCUGGUUCGCCAACUUCAGCAGGCUCCGGAGCUCUCUCAAGGUGUUACCACGUGACAAGCAUCACCAAAAAUUUUACACCGAGCAUCAACACGGCUACGACAACUCCAACGCUGAACUCCUGCAGCUUGCUCACUCCCUGUUUCAUAUCUGCAAGCGUGGGAUAGUUGAUUCCGUGAUGAUGGUGGAUCCAGAUAGCCUGAGUGAGCUGGAUUCUUUGGACAACACAACAAUCCAGGGCCUCAUGAAAGACCGUGAGCGCAUGUGGACGGUGAUGGAGAUGGAGCUCUCCCUUAUGUACGACAUCCUCUACACGAAGGCAAGUGUGAUCCACUCUUGGUUUGGCUACUGCAUCCGUGCCGUGUCGCCUCUUGCCAUUACCGCCUCUCUUGUGCUGUUCCAGUUGAGCGGCAAAGAUGGUGACAGCCAAGCCGAUGUUGUCGUCACAUACACCUUGUUGGUUGUUGCCUUGGUCCUGGAGACAAAAUCCCUUGUAGGUGCACUUGGAUCAAGCUGGGUGUUUGCCUUCUUGUGUGCUACACGAUGUAAUUGGCUUCGGCAUGCAGCUCUGUGCAGUGGAAGGUGGCACUGGCUUCGUCAGAGACUUGGAUCUCUCCGCCGGUCUUGGCCUGGAAAGGCGAUAAUUACACGGAACUCAAGGAGAUGGUCAGGCACCAUGGGACAGCACAACAUGUUGCAGUUUCGCACCGGAGAGAUGGAUUCGACCGGUCACCAGCUCGGCAGUCUUUUCAAGAUGGUGGGGCUCAGCGAGUCGUUUGAGAGAAGGUACUACUCAUGGACUGUUGAGGUCCCAGAGAAGGUCAAGGAGCGUGCACAGCAGGUGGACGACAUAGUCUCAACGGGUGAUAUAAACACAAUGGGCAUGCUCAGGUAUAAUUGGGGUAAAAUGGCGCUGAGUGAGAAGAAGUACCCUGGGCUGUACAUGGAGUUGGAGGACUGGCAUGGAGUUGACUUCCACGAGAGCAUCAUCAGCUGGCACAUCGCCACCGACUUGAUCCUCGCUGCAGGGCAGCCAAGCGGCCAUGAUGCAGCUGACGGCCGUGUGGAGGCUGUCAGGGCACUGUCCAACUACAUGAUGUUCCUCCUGGUGGAUCGCCCCGACAUGCUACCAGGCCUUCCUCAGAACUGGCUGUACAAGAAAACCUGCACCAAUCUGGACGACUUGUGUAAAGAACGCCUAGUUGGUUCUCGAGGCAACAUCUUCACCGCGCUCAAGAGAUUGUUCGGACCACGCCAUCACCGCCGCUGCUUAAAUCCUUCUAAGCUCGAGAAGGAGCUUGCCGGGAUCAUACUGGAGCUGCCACACGAGGAGAAUUUCAACUACUACGAAACUCCUCGGCUCAUGUACGCACGCAAGAUUGCUCGGAUACUGCGCCGUAGGGACGAAGAUGCAGUGGUUGUGCUGCUAGACGUGUGGACCGACUUCAUGGCCUAUGCAGCCAACCGGUGCAGCAGGGAGGCGCACGCCAGGAACCUGAACAGCGGCGGUGAGUUGACGACUGUGCUCUGGCUUAUGAUAGAGCACCUCCGCUUGAUAAAAGGAGAUGCAACAAAGGUUAACGCUCGUGUGUAAUCUAUUCUACUAGUUGACUAGUGGCCUUUGCCAUGACCAGUGUAUCUGAAUGUUAGUUGAGCAUCGUUGAUUACUAAUUCUACUCAAUCGAGUACAGGUUAUGACCAGUGUACCUGAACGUCCCUGGAGCUUUCCGGCUGAAAUCUUAACCUGAGCAAGAACAUCUGAGCAGCUCAACCUUUUUUGUCAGAUUGUGGAUUCACUUAUGAUGAUCAUGUGUUCCCUUUUGCAGUUUCAUAGUGAUAUACACUUCUGUUGGUUCUUGCAUGGUAGGUUGAUUAUUUGGUAACCAAUGAUACGGUUGUGUGGCAUAAACACUACCGCACCAGAGUUGGUAGUUAAUAUUUUCUUUGCAAUAUAGUGACUGAAACAGAAAAGUCUUCACUUUCUCUUUGUAGCCCCCUUUGUUCUCACUCUAGUUUUGAUCUCUUGAUGUUAAAUGCCCAUAAAUGAGAAAGUUCAUCAUCUAUUAUAGAGUCAGUUGUCUGAUACAGUACAUUCUAAUGUGGCGUGUGUGGCUUUUUGGUGGAGUGAGAAAAAACAUCGUGCCGUUCACAUUACUGUUUCUUCUGCUGCAGUGACAUCGCGUUUCAGUGAAUGCAGUGGACAUGGAUUAACUGGGUCUGUUUGCUUGAAAAGAUGAGUCUGGCAAAGUGUCCUGUCAAUGGCAAGGUGCUGGAGGUGGCAUCAAAUUCAGUGUGUCCAUGGCUUCUUCUGCAGCCACUGCUGCAGCAGCAACAGGUUGAAAACAAAACAAGGCAAGGUAACAGCAGCCUGGGUUUGCUACCAUACUUCGCCGGGAAGAUCUUUGCUGGCCUGAAACAUUACACUGGCCAACCGGAUUCCUAGCAAGAUCAGGAGGAUCAGUUUUCAGUUGCUUCACCAAAAACUUUCAGAAGAACCUAUUCUGAUGGCCUUAUUGUUAGCUCUCUGAACUUAAAUCGCAAUGGUGAUGCUCUCAUCUUGCUGGCAGAGUGCUGAAGGGACAUGCAAAACUCAUAUUUAUAUGCUGUUAUAAGUUUCAGAGGCAUGGGGCUAAUAUUUUAGCCCCUUUAUCUGGUCUGUUUUUGUCCCAGCAAAUGGAAUUCCGGGCCAUAAUAAAGCAGUGAGCUCGUAUAGCAUAACUUGCUCAAGAGAAACAUUGUGAAACCAGUUGACAGGACUUUUCCUCGAAAAAUGGAACCGUUCAUCAUCAAUAUUUUUGGUUGUGGAAUCAAUUGUCUGAUACACUUUGUUAAUGUCACAUGUGUGCUACCUUUAA